GUCUGGUCAUCCACAUCGCUACUGGUGCGAGGCACCAUCUCACGAGCACAAUCAUUAAACCAUCAGUUGGGCUCUCGCCACUAACCGAACAGGUUGUCGUUAUUUAGAGCUCCCAACAUUGGUGACCCGAACGUCGAACGUAAGGAUCGAACAUCGUCCUUAACCGCCAUGUCCGUCGACCAUCAAGCCCACCCGCCGCCUCCAUCGAACCCAUCCUUAUCGGCAGUGGCUGUCAAGUUACCACAAUUUUUUGACCGCAACUCGGCCGUGUGGUUUAUCCAAGCGGAGGCGCAAUUUCAUCUCGCUGGCGUAACAUCACAACUGACGAAAUUUUACCACGUCACCUCCGCCCUCACCCCAACUGCGGCCGAUGAGGUGUACGACGUCCUCGCCAACCCCUCGCCAACCACACCUUACGACCAGCUCAAGCAAGCCCUCCCGCAACGCACCACCUCCUCCAGCCGGUCCCGCCUUCAACAACUGCUAUCCGCUGAAGAGCUGGGAGACCGCCGCCCCACACAGCUACUUCGCCGAAUGCGGCAGCUGCUUGGCGACAAUUCCGCUACCAUGGACGACGUUCUUCUCCGUGAACUAUUUUUACAACGUCUGCCACAGAACGUUCAAAUGGUUCUGGCAACAGCAGCGAACAUGUCACUCGACCAGCUGGCUACGCUCGCAGAUGCGGUUGUUGAGGUCGCCACCCCGUCCAUCGCUGCCACCGCUGCACCACAACACCCCGUUCUUCCAACACCGUCUGCAGCGGCAAGCCCUUCUGGCUCUCCGCAAUUAGAAGACCUCUGCCGCGAGUUCCGCGCGCUUGCCUCUCUCAUUGCAGCAUGA